GUCGACGAACACACCACAACCACAACCCAAUUGAGCCUCGCUCGCGCCCAAUUCCAUCAUGGGUGCUCGCGCUGUCUCUCCCGGCGGAGCCCUGCUGCGAAAAUCGCGGGUUUUCGCCAUGCCCAAGCCUCUGUCGGAGCCCAAGGUCACGAACCUUGCCGAGCACAAAUCCCCAACCAUGACCAAGCAACAUCCUCUUCACCAGACCCUCACGUCGCCGCUGGCGUCACGAGAAAAGGGCGACUGGGGCCUCAAGCGCCCGUUCCCACUCAAAACGACGUUAAACACAUCAACGCCGAUGAUCCGAAUCAAGGAGCUCGACACCGUCGAAAACGUGACCGACUUCGCAUCCGCGGCCGACCACUCCCUCUCGCUGGAAAAGUUCCAGGAGAUGCGCAUCUCCAUGGUGCUGCCCCGAGAGCGCGGCGAGCGCGGUCUGAGCUCGCGCAGCGAGAUGUGGCCCAAGUCUGUCUUCGAGGAGGAAAACGAUACCUCGACGGUCCGUGGCGAGGGCGGCGAGCGUCGCUGGAAGUUCCAGGGCCCUUGGCUGGCGAGAAUGACGGACGGCGAGUUUGCACAGUAUCUCGAUAAAAAGGUCCGCCCGAAGCGUGCGCAGUUCCGCGCUCUCCUCAAACAGAAGCUGGCCGAGGACAUCACCGACCGACAAGCCAAGAACGCGAAGGACGCUGGCGAGCCGGCGCCCGCCAAGUUCCAGCCCAAGGAUAUCAGCCCGCAAGAGUUCACUGAGUUCUUGCGCUCGCUGCGUAACGACCGCGCCACCUUGUAUGCGCUCGUCUCCAACUUCCUCGACCUUGCUCCCCUGGGCCGCCCCGUUGGCAUUGUCCAGUCGCUCCAGUCCAUGGCCACAUAUAGAAACAUUGCGUCAGAGAACCCCUUUGCCAAGUCAGGGCCGCCCAACAGCCAUCCUUCCGCUGGUAUCAGCUACCUGCGUACCGAUGCCUACCUCGAAAACCACCCAGUGUACGGCCCCCAGGGCCGCAAGACGCCUGUCCUCGCCCGUGUCUUGUACCCAAGACAAGGCGGCGCUUCUGCCAAGUUUGGUGUUGGUGGUUUCGUUGCCAACUCCCCUCCCGGCGACAACGCCUUUAACGCUAGAAUGCACGGCCGCGGCAGAACAAGUAAGCCUGCUGUCCUUGCUGGAGUUAUGCAGCUGGACAUCGACACAGUUGGUGGCGCCAAGGCAUACGUUGAGGUUUCCAACGCUACCGUGGACCCCAGCGGCAAGGUUAUGCUUCAAUUGAAGGAGUCUAGCUCUGAAGCACAGGUCGUUGCCAAGGAGGGCAAGGGUGCUGCGCAAAUCUACCACGACAAGGCUACGGAAAAGUAUGUUGCACCUCUACUGGACGCCUCGAACCAGGGCGACGAUGGCAACAGGGCAUCUCGCAUGAACAGAGUAAUCACGGAAAUGCUCGAGGACGAGAUGCAGCAAGGCAGCGGUGCCAAGCAGGUCAGCAGCUCGGAAGCAUACGGCCUGGGCUCUGUCAAGAAGGAGUAAACUAAUAUGCGGGCGCCCGAACGUUUUUGCAUAGGGCUGCGUGUUGAAAAAAAUCAUCUUUGUACAUCUACUACCACCAUACAAUAGCGCCAUUGUCUAGCUCCCAAGCAUGUAAAAUUAGAAAGAAUUGAAAUUCAAUUGCACUCACUCA